AUGCCGGACGGGUACGAUUACCUCUUCAAGCUGCUGCUCAUUGGCGACUCUGGGGUCGGCAAGUCAUGUCUGCUCUUGCGGUUCGCAGAGGAUGCGUUCACGGAUAGCUACCUGAGCACCAUUGGCGUCGACUUCAAAAUCCGGACAAUAGAGCUGGAAGGAAGGACGGUCAAGCUGCAGAUUUGGGACACCGCCGGCCAGGAGCGAUUCCGCACAAUCGCGGCCGCGUACUACCGCGGGGCGCACGGUAUCAUCAUGGUUUAUGAUGUCACCGACGGAGAGACGUUCUCGAAUGUCAAGGGUUGGAUGCAGGAGAUUGAGCGAUACGCCUCGGAAGGCGUGAAGAAGCUCAUCAUCGGCAACAAGUCCGACUUGGUCGAGAAGAAGGUCGUCGAGUACUCGCUUGCCAAGGACUUCGCGGAUACUGUAUCAAUACCCUUCAUUGAGACGUCGGCCAAAAACUCGACUAACGUCGAGGAGGCGUUCAGCCUCCUGGCGAAGACGAUCAAAGACGAGGUUGACUCGCAACCGGAAGAGGCGUCCAACGGCACGAAAACGUCCUCAGUCACGCCCGGGCGCAGCUUGAACGGGGACGAAGACGCUGGUGCCUGCUCGUGCUGA